UCAUCAGCGCGUGUCGGGUCUUGUCUCGGUGCAGGCCAGGUACUGAGUACUUCCAGUGGGACUGUGCGGGCCCUGUGACAGUUGCGUCUGUCAGGGGGCCCACAGCCAGGCAUCCGCUCAGCGAAGGAAGGCAUGGCUGGUCCAGGAGCCGGGCUUCUUGAGCCCUCUUUUCGCGUUUGUCCAAACGCCUCUUUUGGCUCUUUCCAACAAUGAGCUGUCCCUUCAUCGUCUUACCUGGGCGAUAAUGCGCCAUAAAAGGCGGCAGCGCCUUCUACGGCGUUCGCCAUGCUUCGAUCGGUCGGUCGCUCCCAUUCUUUCGCCGCAAUCCUUCCUCACUUUCGCAUCGCCGCCCUUCGACAGCUCGACCUCGAACCACUAUGCCAUAUGACGCGGGCGCGAACGGCGCUCUCGACAAUCAUGUCGAUUUUCUUGCCCAGAUCGCUCAAGAAUCCCAAGGGAAACGACAAAAACGGCCUGCCCCGCUUUCCGCCGAAGAGCACGCUGAGAAUCGAAAGCGACUCGAACGAGCGACCUUCGUCAAGCCCGUCUACGCGGAUGAAACCCAGAUUAAUGUGGCUGGUCUUCUGAAGAAAUGGCAGCGAUACUGCCGCGAGAAUAACGUGGGCGAUUGGGAGGCCACACUGAAGACCUUGCGGCGAGCGACGAUUAUGGAUUUCUUCCUCUUCGUCCGCAGCAACUACACCAUCAAAUCAUGGGGCACCUCGCAUGUGUACAUUCGCCAGUUUCAACAGCUGUACACUUCGGUGACGGGUCGCUUCCUGGACCGGAACGAUGCCAAGGAGGUUUACAAGUACCACCGACAAGUCCUGAUUCCUCGGUUCGAUCUCCGCGCACCCAAUAUUGACGGCAAGCCAGUCGUAAGCGCGCCCGAUUUGCAGGUCCUCCUGGCGUUCAAUAUCGCCUAUGAUACGAAGAUCUUCCCAAGCGAGCGGCAUCGCAUCCAGCUCGCCUGCUGCUACAAGAUGAUGUCCUAUACCGGAGCGAGGCCUGCCGAGCUCGUUCACAACGAGAGAGCGAAGCCCAAGAACAAGGUGUUCAAAACGCUCUUCGGCUCCAAGAUCGUAUCUCUGGAUGCCACCGACCAUGGGAAGAUCGAGGACGAGGCUGGAGACGAUACGGACGACGAAAGCAAGACGGACGACGCCGCAGCGGAGUGUCGGCGAUUGGACGAGCUUCUGUCGUCCGAGACAAAAGGCCGCGGGCGCCCAAAGGCGCUCUGUUACGAGGAUAUACGUUUGAUGAUUGUCCGUCAUCCGGUAACGGGAAAGGCCAUUCCUGCCAUGGCCAUCAAGUUCGUUCAUCACAAGGGAUCGGACAACAAGCCUAAACCAACGAUCUUUUACUUCACACCGACCAAGAAGCUGGUUUUCUGUCUCGUCAGCGACAUCAUCGCGCUCGCGCUCCACGAUCGCGCCUUUGACGCUCCAAGCUUGACAAGCGCCGGCCGGGUAUUGGGGACCAAGAUCUCGGCAUCCAUGUCAUGCAUACCUCUACGGUGGAAGAAGUCCAUGCUCAAGAUACCAAUCUUACGGCGCUUUGGCUGCAAUGGAGUUCUCUCCCACGACGAGCCCAUGCCCUACGCCAAGCUGCGAGACGACAUGGGACAGCAGAGUGAAGAUGCCGGGUUUGAAAUCCGGUGGACGCCAAGGUUUUGCCGCAGAGGCGCAGCUAACGCUGCCAACGUUCGCCACAUUUCACGAUGCGACCUAAAUCAGAUGGUCGACUUCGAUAUGCAGAACACGUUUCUCCAAGAAGAGACGGAAACUCGGCUGUACAAGCUAUUCGCGCAUGUCAGCCUGACACGCGACCCUAGGGCAAAACGCGACAUGGUGCCUGCCAAAGUCUGGGCGAAUCUGCCGCCAGAGCCCGAGAUCGAGAAGCUGCACGAACGGCGGGCCGCACUGAAACGAGGACAAUACCGCAUCCAAGGCCGGGCAGAGGAGCAAGAGAUACGAAUGCUGACCGAGCAGAUACGGCUCAACAGAAAAAGCAUGAGGACCACAUUGCGAAGCGAUACCGAGACACGCGGUGAGCUGGAGGAAGAAGAGUACGAGGAGCCUCAGAUCGAGCUCGACAUCCCCGAACGCGCCCGACUUGCCGAAAUCUGGUGUCACCAGCCGGAACAUUGGACAGAUAACGAGAUCGCCCGUCAUCGCAUCGAGCAGAUUGAUCAGAUGGUAUUGUUGUGCGACAAGAGAGAGACGCGUCGUCGUGGUCGCCAACGACGUCAAUUAAACUUGUCUACCAAACGAGACUCACCGAGUAUAUCCCCCGCACCCGAAGCCGAUCCGUUUCCGCUCUUGAUGGAUGCGGGACAGUGUCCUGACUGCAUCGGCGAUGGUCGGCUUUCGAAAGAGGAGCGGACUUUCCGGUUUUGUCGCCCGGCGAUCCGGAAUGAGCACUUUGACGACCAGCACUUGAAAGCGCGCGAGCUUGCGCAGCGUCGCGGCGAAGCAAUCCGCUGCGAGCACCCCAAGUGCGUAGACGUAAAGUUACAUUCCCUGGAUCACUUCCGGAACCAUGUGAGGACGGUUCACAAUGUCGCGCUUUGA